GCUCAUGACCGGAUCAAUAUGACACGAGAUGCAACGUCUCGCAUAAGAAACGUGGAACAACAAUGAAGUCGUGGACUUGUCGUUCCCACCACCAAGUGUCCUGCCAAUAACAACCACUCGGACACAACGCACAAGCAUUUCAGCCACCGCCGAUUCCGACCACCUCUGGCCCGAGCACUGCGAAGACCGUCAUGUCACUCACAUCAGCCCUCUGCAAAAGCAAAAUCCUGCCAAGACUAGGCGGAAGCGGGAGAAUCUUACGGCCUUCCGUCGAACGGUGUUGCUCACCUAGGGUACUCAUUCGAGCAUGAGUAUUCGGAUAAACGCAACUGUCAACGAGGCCCGGGCCGCCGCAGGGCACAAUAGGGAACAAUGGGACCGGUUCUAUUUCAUAACGAAAGACGAAGCGAAGAAGCUCGCAGACGCACACGAACAAUGGACAAGGUGGAUCCUGAUACCUGCGAAUGAGAAGGAACAAAUGCUGCAAAGGAUCAAUGGUCGGUUGCAAGCUGAGGGUAUACCGCCAGUCGAAAUGAUCAUCCUAAAGUGGCGAGUCUCGCAGCUCUUAAGAGACAUUCAACGCAAAUACACUGAAGGUAGUAUGACGAAAGGAAUGCAGAGCUCAUCAUCCGGGUCGCCGAUACAAGUCCAGAUACGGUCGCCAGGUAGCAGCGUGCAGCAGUUGUUAAGCCCUCGACAUUCGGAAUAUUCGCCAAGCGAGUCCCGCCCAUAUGACCCGAUCCGGGAUGUGUAACAGCCACAACCAGCAUGUUGCCAUCGCUUAAUUCCGCGAUUAGAUUCGUAUGCAUUCGAAACGAGAAAGCGUUUGAUCGGUUUUCAUGGCGUUCGAAACAGAUACCCUAGAGCGAGAGUUGGCAGAGAAUACCAGAUUGUGGAGCGUCUGCUGAAGGGCAAUCGUUGGGCCCACAAGA